AUGCGCGUGGUCGUCUUCGGCGCAACAGGCGGACAGGGCAUCGCCCAAAUCUCAGCCCUCAAGGCCGCAAAUCACUAUCCGAUCGCUGUGAGCCGGCAACCCCGCACUACCUCGCCGCCCGUUGAGACUCGUAUAGCAGAGCUCACUGACCGGUCCGCCGUCCGUGCUGCUCUGUCCGGCGCAGAAGCCGUCUUGUUGAACUUGCCUUCCUUUCAGCCAGCUGAUUUCCUCUAUGCUGCCGCAAGGACCAUUGGCGCAGAGGCCGCUGCGCACUUUCCUGUGCCCGAGAAGAAUGUCGGCAUUGAAGCUCAGGAGCAUCGCCGGGAGACACGCCGGAUUUUGCGGGAGGAGGUCAAAGGCAGUGGCGUAGCACUCGUUUCGAUUCAACCCGGCGUUUUCCUUGAUAACCUACUGGAAGGCUGGGCUUUGCCGCGCCUUCGGGACGAGGGGCGGAUAGUCUACUGCCACAAACCCGACCUCGAGGUGUCGUGGAUCUCUCUCGAUAAUCUGGCGCUCCUGAUGGUCGCAGCCUUGGCACGGGAUCCGGCGGAGCUCGACGGAAGGAACAUAGUCGUCGGUGGGCCGGAGACGGUGAGACUGUCUCAACUUGCCGAGAAGUUGGGCCGUGCGUGGGGCCGAAAGGUCGGGUUUGAGAACCAGACGGUGGACCAAUUCUCUGAGGAGAUGGCUGCGGCAUUAAAGUCUCAGAUGCAAUCUGGUAAAGAGUUGGAAGUCGUCGUGGACGAGACGAGAAGGGCUUACACAUGGUACAACGAUGCCGAGGAGAAGCCCUUCAAGGUGGAUAUGGCGCCCGUGUUGGAGGAGCUGAAGGUCAGCUUGACAGGGAUUGAGGACUGGGGGAGACUCAAAGGAUGUCCCAUUCAGAUCAAAUAA